AAUAUAGGCUGCAAUUACUCCAAUCUCGUUCUCUCCGAAACUUCUCUGCUUUCGAUCCAAAACUCAAGCUUCCAUGGCAACCAUCAAGUCCGUCAAGGCCCGUCAGAUCUUCGACAGCCGUGGCAAUCCUACGGUCGAGGUUGAUGUGCAUUUGUCCGAUGGUCUCUGGGCUAGGGCUGCUGUUCCGAGCGGUGCCUCGACCGGAAUCUAUGAGGCUCUUGAAAUGAGGGAUGGAGGCUCAGAUUAUCUUGGAAAGGGUGUUUCAAAGGCUGUUAACAAUGUGAACUCUGUUAUUGGCCCUGCUCUUGUUGGCAAGGACCCAACUGAUCAAACUGGAAUUGAUAACUGCAUGGUUCAGCAACUAGAUGGAACUCAGAAUGAGUGGGGUUGGUGCAAGCAAAAGCUUGGAGCAAAUGCUAUCCUAGCAGUGUCUCUUGCAGUAUGCAAAGCUGGUGCUGCUGUCAAAAAUAUUCCCCUCUACCAGCACAUUGCAAACCUUGCUGGUAACAAGAAGUUGGUCCUGCCAGUCCCUGCUUUUAAUGUCAUUAAUGGUGGAUCCCAUGCUGGAAACAAACUUGCUAUGCAGGAAUUUAUGAUUCUUCCUGUUGGAGCCUCUAGCUUCAAAGAGGCCAUGAAGAUGGGUUGUGAAGUAUACCACCACUUGAAGGCUGUAAUCAAGAAGAAAUAUGGACAGGAUGCCACCAACGUAGGUGAUGAGGGUGGCUUUGCUCCUAACAUCCAGGAGAACAAGGAAGGUCUUGAAUUGCUUAAGACUGCUAUUGAAAAGGCAGGAUAUACUGGAAAAGUUGUUAUUGGAAUGGAUGUUGCUGCAUCAGAAUUCUAUGGGAAGGACAAGACUUAUGAUUUGAACUUCAAAGAGGAGAACAACAAUGGUUCACAAAAGAUCUCAGGUGACCAACUCAAGGAUCUCUACAAAUCAUUUGUGUCUGAGUACCCUAUUGUUUCAAUUGAAGAUCCAUUUGACCAAGAUGACUGGGAAACCUAUGCUAAGCUCACUGCUGAGAUUGGAGAGAAAGUGCAGAUUGUGGGAGAUGAUCUCCUAGUCACCAAUCCUAAGAGAGUUGCCAAGGCAAUUGAGGGGAAAACAUGCAAUGCUCUUCUUCUAAAGGUUAACCAAAUUGGAUCUGUGACUGAGAGUAUUGAAGCUGUAAAAAUGUCUAAGAAGGCUGGUUGGGGUGUUAUGACAAGUCACCGCAGUGGAGAGACAGAGGAUACCUUUAUUGCUGAUCUUGCUGUGGGUUUGGCAACGGGUUAAAUUAAGACCGGAGCUCCCUGCAGAUCAGAGCGUCUGGCCAAGUACAACCAGCUCUUGAGAAUUGAGGAGGAACUCGGAUCAGCAGCUGUCUAUGCUGGGGCGAGCUUCCGCAAGCCUGUUGAACCCUACUAGAUAGGUAACCAAGAGUUAAUGCAGCAUUCUGCUGUUAGAUGUAACAUCAGCUUGGAAAUGAAGCCCUGCAGUGCAGCAAUGGUCAUGUUAGGAUAGUCUGUGACACAGUUUUAUAUAAUGAAAGAAUAAUCUCGUAGAUUCGAAGUUUUGUUAUGAGGAUUGAACUGCUGAACUGAGCAGUUCCCGUCGGCUGUAUUUCUUAUCUACCACUGGCAGUUUGAUAGUUUUUGACUAUUGCAAACCUUGUUUUCAAUUUUUUUGUUCUGGAUUUUGGCAGUUCACUUGGUUUCGGUAGCAGCCAGCAUUUUCAACAA